AUGUCGGCAGUAACAGUCAGCCGGUGGGAUCUUGGUUUCAAAGAAUUUCGACCUAAUUUGGAGGCUGAGAGGCAAAGACACAAGAAGAAGAGGUUGGUUCAGAGUCCCAACUCCUACUUCAUGGAUGUAAAAUGCCCUGGCUGCUACAGGAUCACCACAGUGUUCAGUCAUGCCCAGAGAGUGGUGCCCUGUGGUGGCUGCUCCUUCGUCCUGUGCCAGCCCAGAGGGGGGAAAUGCCGCCUCACUGAGGGCUGCUCCUUCAGAAGAAAGCAACGCUGAGUGAGAUUUCAGUAGUGAGCUUUCAACUGUGAUAGUUGUAAAUUGUGGACCAUGGAUGUUUUGUAAAUUAUUACAUUAUAUGGAAUGGGGAUUAUUCAGCUGAACUGAUUGGCAGUGUUUUGUCCUUAUGAUAUAAACAGAUUACAAUAUUGUUCAGAUACAAUAUGCCUUUUUGUAAUGAAUAGGUAUAAUAUACUGUAUGCUGAAGUGGUUUCUCUCUGUGUUUGACAUUUCUAUUUUUCUUACUAAAUAAUACAUGAAAUCAUCUCGAGCCAGGUUGUGUAAAAAUUUAUUAGACUGAAAGCUGGAAAAGUGAAUGAAUCAUUUCAACACAGACUCAGUCAAAUAAGGAUGAGAAGCCUUGAUUGAUUACCUUCACAGACAACAAUAAAACCUUUUGACGGUU